AUGAAUGCGACCGAGUUUAUUUUGGAGAAUGUGGAGUACUUCAGAGUGAUCUAUGGAGUCCCAAUGCUUGUUACGACAACUAUUUCGACGGUUGUUCAUGCUGCUGUUAUUAAUGUAACCGAUUCUUUAGACUUCCACUGUUAUUUUGUUGACCAUGUUUGCAAACAAAUUGACGAAGACUAAAGCUUAACAAUUCUCUGAAAGUUGGGUUGUUUCACAUUGGUUACUGCAAAAAAUAUAAUAACGAUUAUUUCAGGCCAUAAUUCGGCUCAAACUUCACCGAAAGAGCCCUGUAUUUCGCCUGAUGUUCACCAUCGAAUUGAAUGCGUUUUUGCAAAUAUUUCUGUUCAUGUUCUUCAGCAGUGUCUCAGUUUUUGACAUCAAUGCGCCUUAUUUUUUGUUAAAAGUAAGUGCUGUGUUCUUUUGUCCUUAAAGCGCUCUUGUUCCAACUGAAAACCAAGUAUUCUUUCUCUUGACGGAAAGUCCGCAAGACUAGGGCGAUUCCAGCGCGUUGGUGCUCGAAAGAGGCACAGAAGAAGGCUGUCCGAACAUUGCACUUUUUCCUGUUUUUAGCGCAAUGUUUGAUUAAUAAAUUAUGAUCGCCUAAAUUAUUCAUUAUUACCAUGAAGUUUUUGAGGUUACAGAUCAAGCUACAAAGCGCUUUACUAAUGGAAUUUAUAAGUUUCAAAGGCUGAUAAAUCACUGUUUUUUCCUUUUUCAGCCUCUAUCCAUUGCCAUGACGAACCUCUUGCUGACCAUGUCUUGCCAACAAAUUUGUCUAACUUUUGAGCGGAUUUGGGCAUUAAAAGACGUCUACAGUAAGACCAAGAUUUCAAUGACCAAAAUCAACAUUAUCAUUUUGUUUUGCUGGCUGACGGCUUCGUUUCUACAGUCGCUGUAUUUCACAACAACCAAUGAUUAUGUUUGGUAUCGGCACUUACUUCAGUUCAAGAAGUUCUGCUGUGAUAAUGAGUUCGUAUUCUUCACGGAGAACCUGAGAAAAGUGGGCUCGGUCUGCGAGGUCACCGGCAAUGUUAUUGUCAUCGGACUCAUCUUUUACCAUGUAAGUUGAUUUCAAAAAUUUAAGCGGCAGUUUUGAGAUAAUACUUUUGCUUUUUUGAGCAAAUUAAAAAAUCAAGUUUUGUAUCAGUCGAAUCAAAAAUUUGUGGACGUGUGAAGGCUAUGCAAUUCUCACCUGUUUUCUGCAAAAAAAAUUAACCCACUUUAUCCGCAUAACUUUUCAGAAACGUCAUUACAAAACUGGCUCUCUUCCCCGAGAAUUCGAGGUCCGUCUGAUUAUUCAAAACAUGAGUUUAUCCAUUUUGUUACUCUUCCCAACUAACUAUGUCACCCUCACCAAUACGGGUAUUCCAUUUAUCGUUCAUUUCGUUCAGUUUGCUUGGAUUGUUGUCUUGUCAGCGCAGCCAAUUUUGCUGAUUUUAUCGGAUGUGUAAGUAUGAUUUUUGAAUAUUAUUUCAAGCCCUGAUUACAGACGAAUUUGGAGAUAUUGCCUUAAUUUUUUUGAAAUUGGAAGGCGCUCAAACCAACACUCUACAACGACUAUAUCGGUGAUGUCAAGGAAAUGA